AUGACCCACUUCACCUUCGACAUAGAUCCUCUUCUCUACGACACCCUGGUCCGCAGGUUUCAGACGCCCGCAGAGCGAGAGGCAGAUGGCCGAGCCAAAAGCUACUCCCGUGUUUUAGAGGAGUCGUUGCUAAGGGGAGAGGCCCGCCUUGCCGACCUCAACAAGUCUUCAGCUAUUGGCGGUGAUGCUGAAAAGAUUGACUGCGCCAAAAGCUUCACCACAGAAUCUGAUCUUUCCAAAACACAGAAUAAGCAGGAUGGGCUGGAUAGAUGGACUGAGUUUCUGACUGAACGUUUUGUUCACGGUCAUGAUGACGAUUUCGACUACACACAAGUCGAUAACAACGACGAAUACGACGACAUGGAGAGACGCGACGCCGAGGACGCAUGGUUUGAUGCGGAAGAUCCGAGUUGGGCUAGCGACGCGGAAGACGACCAAAAUGGCCGUGUCAGUCAUGGCACGCAAAAGCGAGGAGAAACUGGUAUCCAAGACUUCUGA